AUGGUUUCUGAUCUAACUUUCUAUAGAAAACCUAAUAAUAACUGUUGCCUCACCAAAGAUAGGUACGUUUUGCCUACAAUCGAUUCUUUAAAUCUCAGUACAUCACAAAGCUCUCCCGAAUUGAGUGUUACAAUACAUUCGUCCUCAAAGACGAGUCAAUCGACGGUGCGGCCGAUAUCGACUUUGACGGAUAAUACUUUGAGCAUGGUGAGCACACCGUGGUCAACCGAAUCUUGGUAUUCCAUGAACCAUGUACUGAACGACUUAUACUCCAAUUCUAUGACUUCUUCGUCCACUAUGAUGCCAAUGUCCACGUCAUCAGGCGGCUGUACUCCGGAGUGUUACGGCAGUAAGAAUACUAUAACAAUACUAAGACCAGAAGAUCCGUUUUCAAACGCAUCGUUCACCGUUCGCCCGCUUCAGACCGUGCCGUCUAGAGAUUCUACAAGUACGUUGAGUUCUUGGACCGUAGAGUCUUUCGUUAGUCCCGUGAAGUAUUCAAACUCUGAGAUUAUUAAAGUGAAAUACCCCUGGAGUCCGUGCACAUUCAUCAGCGGUACUGAUCUGUACCCGAGCACGAUGGACACCUUCAACAGUGCAUCUGAUGUAGCAACACUCACCACAGCUGACAGUGUGGAAACACUUAGCAGCAAGUUGACAUCAAGCGCUUAUCGCACUUUUGGGUUCUUAUGUUUGGCGUGA